AUGGUUAGAUUCAAGAACCGCUGGCUCCUGGUCGAGUUUCUGCCCAUGCCGACCCACACCCCAGGCCGCGAACCGCGCGCCGCGGCGGAAGAGUUCACCAGCAAGCAGAUCUGGGUCGCCCUCAAGCAGAGCGUCCUCACCCACUUCGGCGACACCGGCUGGGGCGCGGUGGGCUCGUCCCUGACCGUCAAGUACUUCUCGCCGAAGACGAACCUGUGCAUCAUCCGCGUCGCGCGAGAGCCGCACAAGAUCGCGUGGGCGAGCGUGACGCUCGUGACCGCCGUCGACGGACGGCGGUGCGUGCCGCACGUCGUGCACGUCUCCGGGACGAUCAAGCAGGCCCAGCUCGCCGCUAUCCGGCACAAUCGCGAGGUCGUGGCGAGGUACAGGGCUCGUGCGAAUGUCCCGGUGGGAUACCAAGACUCGUACGAGGAGUACUUGCGGACAAGCGCCCAGGAGAUCGAAGGCUUGCAAGAUUGA